AAUUUGUUUAAAAAUCUGAUUUCAACAAACCAACUGUUAAAAGAUACCUUUGAUACAGUCAGGAAAAUCUGAAUAUUAGAUCUGGAUAAUAGAUGACACCAAGGACUUACUGUAAGUUUUGUUAGGUGGGUUUCUCACUUUGGGUUCUCCCAGAUACCUAGACAAAGAUUCAAAUGCAAGUUAGCAUAUUUGAGAGGGGAUUCCAGGAAACACUGGAAGAGGAAAAGGAAGUGAUGUGAGAAAGAAAUGAAAGCCGGGUUUGAAACAUGGCGGACGAUGUGGACCAGCAACAAACUACCAACACUGUAGAAGAGCCCCUGGAUCUUAUCAGGCUCAGCCUGGAUGAGCGAAUUUAUGUGAAAAUGAGAAAUGACAGAGAACUUCAAGGUAGAUUACAUGCUUAUGAUCAACAUUUAAAUAUGAUAUUGGGAGAUGUGGAAGAAACUGCGACUACUAUAGAAAUUGAUGAAGAAACAUAUGAAGAGAUAUAUAAAUCAACAAAACGGAAUAUCCCGAUGCUCUUUGUCCACGGAGAUGGCGUUGUGCUGGUUGCGCCUCCAUUGAGAGUUGGCUGAAACAAAGAAUUUAUCCUACGUGGAAAUUAGGAGACUUUGUAUGAUUGCAUCUUUAAAUGUAGAAGAUAUUCAAAAGAGAAACCUGUGUAAAUUUUGAUGUUGAGAAAUGACCAAGAAUUCUUCUGCUCCUAAAAUGAGUUGGUUUGCACAUAACCUACACAUUCUUAAGCUAAACGGCAUUUUUAUUUUUCUCUAACCCUUCCAACAAAUGUGAUCACCAAGAUGCAGCCCCUCUUUUUUGGGAGUUGAUUUGCUCCAUUGAUUUUUUUCAGACAAUUUCUGAUAUUUUUAAAUUUAAAUUAAAUUUGAUGCUUUCUUUAAAAAAAAAAAGAAAUGAAAGCCAAUAAAAGCACCACUUUUAUGCAAAUUAACCACUGUGGGCAAGUGGAGCUUAAUUUCACUGACAUACUUCGGGAAAUACUAUAGAAUACACCUCAGAGCUAAUCUCCAACUUCCAGGCCAA